UAUAUAUAUAUAUAUAUAUCGAUCCUCAGAAAUUUUGACUGUUAGGUAAAGCAGACAGGGAUACAAAAUGAUUUUGGCGGUUCAGAUCGCGUAAACGAUGAACGAGCACGAAUCUUACUCUGAAGAAAAAGCUGCCUAUUUGUUAAAUCAUUUGGAACUCAUCCUUGAAUCCGAUCCUCUCAUUGAUGAAGUGGGGUUUAUUCAUCCAUCCCAGUUUGUUACUCUGAAUGAAGAGAUAGGUCAGUCUGUACCAUCGGCUGAUGAUAUAUCUACAACCCUAUGGAGUAAAGAUCAUAAAUUGGGUAUUUCAACACACGCUCUUCUUCCGUUAUUCAAGGCUGCUAAACGUGAAUUUGUGGAUGCUGUUACAAGAUAUAAGGAACUAAGCGACCAGUGUGGUGAAAAUGGGGUUGGGAAUUCUCCUUGUACCGUUUCAUCUUCUCACAGCAGUGUUGAAAGUGAAGUCAUGAAGCAUAGCAGGGUUCUUUUGUUGCUGAGCUGUGACUUUGGCACUGCAUGGCAUUCCAGGAAGAAAAUUGUGUUGAAGAUGCAUUCUUUCUCGGUAUUUAUGGAUGAACUUCACUUGUCAGCACUUGUUCUUUCAUAUUCACCGAAAUGUGAACAUGCUUGGAGCCAUAGGCGAUGGGUGAUCAAGUCAAUUGCUGGAAAAUGUUCAACUCUGCAAGAAAUUGUGGGCAAAGACUCUGAGCUGGUUGAGAAAAUAGCUGAGAGAUCAAAAAUGAAUUAUCGUGCUUGGAAUCAUCGUAACUGGUUGGUUUCUCACAUGUCAACAGAUCAGGUGCUACACGAACUAACCAAAUCAAGAAACUGGGCUGGCUUGUACGUGGCCGAUAAUAGUUGCUUCCACUACCGAAGACGACUAAUGCUUAGGAUUUUAGAGGACUCAAGACAUAGGCAAGAAAAUGGAUCUACUGGGCACAAUGUUGAAAUCCAUCAACUGUUGAAGGAGGAGCUUGAAUGGAAUGAAAUGUUGAUCAAGCGCUUCAUAGGAAGAGAGGCUCUGUGGCUUCAUCGUCGCUUCCUUUCUCUAGUUCUGAUAAAGCAUUUCUUAUCCGAUCAAAUUGGGACCAGCAUGGAUAAUGACUUUGGUAUUUUCUUGGAUAAUGAGCUCCGACUCCUUAGCUCCUGUUCAACUAUUCCAGAUAGUGAGUUUGAGGAUUACCAAGCACAAGCCUUACACUCUACUACUUAUAUGUUAUGGCUGGUUAAGCAAGUCCCGGAAUUUGAUGGUAUUGGAGUCCAAGAGAAGCUAAGAACAGAUAAGAUGAAGGUUCUGCUGAAUGAUGCCUGUCCAGAUAGGUCCUUUCUUUGGGAUUAUUUAAUAUCUGAGCAUUGCCUGAAGGAGAAUUAAAACCCUUGGCAUUUGAAAAUGAUAUUGCCAUGUUACAUGUCUAAUUUCCUCUUUCUUAUCAUUUCUUUAUUCAACUAUAAGUUGUAUCAUAUUUGCAAUAAUUUAUCUGUAUUACAAAUACUUUAAAAUUUGAAAUUGUUAUAUAUAUAAUAUUGAAAAGUUUUUUAA